CGCUUCCUCUCCCACUUUAUAUUCAGUUGGCGAGAAACAAAGGGGCGGAACAGUUGAUCAAGCAGGCGAAACGAUGGCGACGACGGCGAUCGUGACGGCGUUGAUCGUAGCCACGGCGGCCCUAACGGCUGCUCUUAACGUUCCGACGGUAAGCUUCGAAGAGGGAUACACGCCCCUGUUUGGCGAUAAGAACAUCAUCCAAUCCGCCGGCGGCCGAGCGGUGAAGAUUCUCCUCAACAAAUAUUCCGGAUCGGGAUUCAUCUCGUCUGAUAUUUAUUACCACGGAUUGUUUAGCGCGUCGAUCAAGCUGCCGUCUGAUUACACGGCCGGCGUUGUCGUGGCCUUCUACAUGUCAAACGGUGACAUAUUUGAAAAAAAUCACGACGAGUUAGACUUCGAAUUCCUGGGCAACGUAAAGGGAAAAGAAUGGCGGGUUCAAACCAACAUUUACGGCAAUGGGAGCACAAGCCGCGGGCGAGAAGAACGCUAUCAGCUCCCCUUCGAUCCCACUUCAGAACCCCACCGUUAUUCUAUUCUUUGGUCCAAAACCAAGAUCAUAUUCUAUAUCGACGAGACUCCAAUCAGAGAAGUGGUGAGGAGCGAGGCGAUGGGUGGCGACUUCCCAUCAAAACCCAUGUCGAUAUACGCCACCAUAUGGGACGGCUCCACCUGGGCGACUUCCGGCGGGAAAUAUAAGGUGGAUUACAGAUACGAGCCUUUCGUCACAGAAUUCAAAGAGCUGGUCCUCCAUGGCUGCCGCAUGGACCCCAUCCAACAGCUUCCGGCUUCCGAACAGUGCGGGGAGUUUGAGAGCCAGACAGACGCCGCUGAUUACUCCUCGUUGUCGCCAGAGAAGCGCAAGGCCAUGGUUUUGUUCCGGCAGAGACACAUGACUUACAGCUGCUGUUAUGAUGAGCAGAGAUAUCCCAUUCCUUUGCCGGAGUGUGACGUUAUGGAGUCGGAGAGGAGUAGGUAUUGGAAGUCCGGUGAUGUAAAGGUCCAGCCGGAGAUGAUUCUCCGCCGGCACCGGGGGAAAAAGCGCGGCCGAGCGAGGAGUAGAGGUGUUGAGGCCGACGGACAAGCUGUUGCUUGAUUUGCUCGCUGAUUUUCUGGUGUCUUAAGUUGUAAAGAUGAGGAAAAUUAAAGUGAAAAUAGAUGAUACUCUUAGCUGCUUAUUUUCAGUAUACCGUUUUACCCGUGGAGAAAAUUGAAACUCGGUCCAAAGUCAACGUGUAUAAGACAAAUAAAAUUGAUGUAUUGAAAUAUAUAAAUGAUUUUAUUUUUUAAACGUUGA